AUGAAGAAAUUAAUUGCACGUAUUAGCGGUGGAACAGCACUAUAUGGAAUUUCAUUUAUUGAUCCUGUACGACUUGGUGAAAAAGCUACAAGACCAUUAUUAAGACAGCCAGUUUAUUGUCCAUUAAAUUUAUCUGAAUUACCCUUUAAAUCAACUUAUCAUAAAUUUACAAGUAUUGAUGCCAAUAAUCAAUUUCAAAAAAUUAUUCAAACAUCCGGUUAUACUGUAGCCGCUAAUCUAUCGACAAGCCAUUGGGGAUUUCAUCUUGGUUCAGAAUUAAAUAACAUAACAAAAUAUAGUAUUGAACAAUACAAACAAAAUUCAACACUAUCAGCAGGAAUUUUUCUAACAGACUAUUCGUUUAUACCAACAAAAUCAUUUCGUAUACCUAUGGAAGAAAUGCAUAAUUUUAAUUCCCAUGUCUCUAUUGGCGUACAUCAUCUUGGUGGUAUUUAUUUACGUACAAUAUCGGUAACAACGGAGAGUUUAUCUUCGAUUGAUGAACUGGAAAAAACUGGUGUGAAACAUUUUAAUGCGUCUGUUGGUGCAGGUUUUCAACAAUACAAUAUAGGCGGAGGUAUUUCUAUUGAAUCAUUUCAAGAUACUGGUGAACAUACACAAAACAAACAAAUACAAAAACAAGCCCAGGUUAAAUCUCAUAUUAAGUGUUAUGGUCCACCAUGUACAAAUCCCAAUCUGUUUUGUCAAAUAAUAAAUACUCAUAGUUCAACUUGGCAUAUAAUUGAUCGAUCCGAUUUAAAAUCAUUAGUACCGGUAUGGGAAUUAAUGAAAGAUCAUAAUGAUAUUUAUAUACGUGAAGCAGCCAAGUUUAUUAAACAUGCAUGGUUAGAACAAGCAUCUAAGUAUUCUCAUAUAUCUGUAAUUAAUUGUAAAAUUGAACGUAUUAUGUAG